AAGCAGUAAUAAAGCUGAUUAUCUUGGGUGGGUCUUAAAUGACCUUUGAUGAAACUUCCCAAAGAAAAGUUCCAAAUGUUUUAAGCAAUUAUAGCUUUAUUAAAUAAAAGCUUAAGUUCUUUAAGUUGAUAAAGGUGAAGGACCAGACUCAUUUCAGAUGCAUUAGUUUGGUGCCCUGAUUUAAUUUUUUUUUUUUUUUUAAUUUGGAACAAUGGCUUACAAUCCUAGACAUGAUCAGUAUCACCCACAGAGGCUUUGAAAAAUACAGAUGUUGUUUGUACCCCUCUCCCUCUUCUGAAUUAGAAUCUCUAGAGAAAAGUCUAGGCCAUAGGCAUUUAAAAAGAGUGUCAUGGGUGAUUUUGAUACACAUCAGAGGUUAUACUAGCUUAUUAAAAUCUUCCAAACUUUCAGGAAUUUCUGCCUUAAUCUUAAUAUAGUACACCUAUCUUUUCUUCUCAGAGAACUUUCUUUUAAAAAUUAUUAUCUUAGCAUCAUCUUAUAAUUGAAGCUAAAUUCAGUUAGUAUAUGAAAAUAUGGUCCAGAGAAGAUGCCUUCAUCUACUAAGUUAUAUUUUUUAAAUUGAGCAUCCAUUGUGUACCUAAUUCAUCUGUCUAUUGUUUAGGUGGCUAUAAAAAAAAAUUAAAACACAAUCUUUACCCAAAAUAGACCAAUGAUAGAAAUUGGGAGGAUAUCCAUAGUAUUACGAAUGGGACGUUUAAAAUACUCAGUCCACUCUAAAUCACAGCCACACAUCCUCAUGAAUUCCCCAAAGGAUAUAAAUGCUAGGAAUACUGAAAAUUGCUGGAUGGAUUUUGGACCCAGCUGCCAUUGCAGAUUGCAAUGUGAUUCCGAGCUGGACUACAAAGCUUAGGCUUGCAGGUACAUAUCCCGAGUGUUACCCUAACUCCUGGCCAUCAUCCUAACUCUUACCUCACUGUUGAUGGCCACACAGAAGAAAGAAACUGGAAAAGAGGGAACCUCUCAGCAAGAGAGAACACUGGGAGUCAUAUACCUUCCAAAGAAGCAGCCCUGACUUAGCCUGCUGCAUUCACCUUAUGGAUGAAAACUUGAGGAGAGAAGGAGCCAGCAAGCUUGCCCUGCUUACAACCACUAUGCCAAAAAACAUCAACAGAGGAGAAGACUACUAUAGAAAAUACUAAAUAAUAUGGAAAAAAUUCAUCUCAUAGAAAGGAAGGAAGAAAAAAUAUAACCCGUGGAACAACUGAGAGAACCCAUCCUAAGUCAUUACCAAAGAAAAGUUGCAGAGAGAGAUAAUGCAUAAGAAGGAAAAAGGGAAUUACAAAAAAAAAAGGUCUGCUUAGUCGCCUAUCUUGGCUUGUUUAUGCUUUGUGUCUCCUAUCAAGUUGAUGAACGGACAUGUAUCCAGUUUGCUAUGAAACUGUUCUACUUUCUGCUGAGUGCCCUGGCCUUGAUAGUCUGUGUGCUGGCUGUGGCGUUUGCUGCCCACCACUAUUCACAGCUCACUCAGUUUACCUGCGAAACCAGCCUCAACUCCUGCCAGUGCAAACUGCCCUCCUCCGAGCCGCUCAGCAGGACCUUUGUUUACCGGGAUGUAACGGACUGUACCAGCGUCACUGGCACUUUCAAACUGUUCUUACUCAUCCAGAUGAUUCUUAACUUGGUCUGUGGCCUAGUGUGCUUGUUGGCCUGCUUUGUAAUGUGGAAACAUAGGUACCAGGUCUUUUAUGUGGGUAUUAGGAUGUGCUCCCUAACAACUUCUGAAGGCCAGCAGCAAAAGGCCUGACAUUCUUGCUCAAAGGUGGGAGAGGAAACAACAGCACAUUGACUAGCUGAGGUUUAAAAAAAAAAAAAGAAGAAGAAAGAAAGAAAAACCACUUUUGACAAUGAAUAAUAGUCACUGGUUCUAAAUGAAUAUUUUUAUACGUUUUCAGAAAAUAAAAGCAUUUCUUCAGGGUUUGAUAGCAUUUUUAAAAAUUCUUAUGAGACAAGCAAGAUCCAGAUAGAAUUUGGGAUAUUAAAAGAACACUGAACAGGGGAAAAAUGGCAUAGAUCAAUCUUUAUAGCCUGGAGUUUAUUCCUAAUACUUAUUUUAAUCCAGUAGUUAUAUAAUCUUCUUUCUUAUAGGUCCUGUUUGAUGGCGUGAAUGGGCAUUUCAGGCCCACUUACUAAAUUUUGGAGUUUCCCUCCAUCACCCUCACUGUGUCUUGGAAGAGUGUCAGGGAUAGGGAAGGUGCUGAAAGACUAGGUUGGCUCUCUUUAUUUUCCCUGGUAGUGAUGUUCUCAAGGUCUGAAGUAGCUUUAAGGAGCAGAGUAGAAAAGGAAGAGUCUUUGCAAAAAGCUAAAUAAAUAUGAACACCUGGGCUGGGGCGGAGGCCUUUGCUGUUCAGCUCCCUUAGCUUGGGACUCAAAGUAGAUCCCUUAUUAAAUGCUUUGAUGAUUGUCUGCUUCUUAAUAAUUAAAAGGUGGUAGUAGUUGUAUUCUUAAUGAUGUAGAAGGUUUAAAAAUAAUUACGUUACGCUUUUAUUCUAUUGUAUAAAACAAAUCAUUAAAACUAAUUUCUAGCUAAUUGUUAAUUAUAAUUACGCUCAUAAGUCUAUUUAAUGAGCUCUGAAUGUACUUAUGCAGCAGUCGGUGUUAGGAGAAAUUACUGUCACAAGAGCUGAGGCCUAAUGAUUCUUUCUUCUGAAUGCCAAGCUUUACAAGAAAAAAAAAAUUAACAGCUCAGGUUAAAACAUUCA